AUGGAGCUGCCCGCGGUGCCCCAGCCCUGGCGCUACUGGCUGCUGCUGGGCGCCUACGGGCUCUUCCUGCUGCUGGGCGCCGCCGUCUUCGUGGGGGUCGAGGCGCCGCAGGAGGCCGGGCUCCGCGAGGCGCUGCGGGGCGCCAGGGCCGGCUUCGUGCGCGAGCACCAGGGCUGCCUGGCGGAGCCCGGCCUGGAGCAGCUGCUGCAGCGGGUGCUGGACGCCGACAGCUACGGGGUCUCCGCGCUGGGCAACGUCUCGGACGACGAGAACUGGGACUUCAGCUCGGCGCUGUUCUUCGCCGCCAGCGUCCUCACCACCACGGGCUAUGGCCAUACGGUGCCCCUGUCGGAUGGGGGGAAGGUUUUCUGCAUCUUCUACACCCUACUGGGGCUCCCAGUCACCCUGCUCCUGGCCACCUGUCUCCUGCAGCAACUCAUGGGGCUGUUGAGCCACCGGCCUGUUCGGUAUCUUCACACCCACUGGGGCAUCUCUCCGGGCCAUGCAGCGCUGGGACAUGCAGCUGCCAUGGGACUGAGUGUACUGGGGCUUUUUAUCCUACUGCCAGCCCUCUGCUUCUGGGCCCUGGAGAACGGCUGGACCUUCCUGGAGUCCGUCUACUUCUGCUUCAUCUCGCUCAGCACCAUUGGGCUUGGGGACUACGUGCCAGGUCGCGGCAGCCCCCCCUCGCUGCGCCAUCUCUACAAAAUCAGCAUCACCUGUUACCUUCUCCUGGGGCUCCUGGCCAUGUUGCUGGCCCUGGAGACCAUCUAUGAGCUGCGUGAGGUCCACAGCCUUGUCCGAUUCUUUGCCCCCCCAAAGGCCCCUGCCUCCCCCUCCAAUGAGGAUGAUGACCAGCUGGAGAUCCUGAGCCAUGACCAGCUGGGCCUGGCCACUGUCUGCGGGGCCACCCCCUCUGGGAGCCAAGCAGACAGUGAGGCAGAUGGGAGAGCGGCACCCCAUGAUGGCCCCUCUGGGUAACCCUCCAUGGACAAUGUGUGUGCCCCCCCACCUCCUUUCAUGCAUCAAUAAAUGAAGCUGUACAGAAUAAACACUGCUCGUGGGGAUGUGGAGUGGGGGUGCCAAGCUGGUACCAAUACCAUUGUUUUGUCCUGGGACAGGGAGAAUAUGGGCUGGAUGAGCCCAUUUCCAUUGGUCUCACUGGGGCAGGGGGUUGCUGAUCCCAUGGGUUGGAUCUGGGACAGCAGAGAGGGAAAACACUGGCAUGGAAGAGCCCACGGUGUGACCCUGAGUUGGCAGGGGAGAGACUGAGCUGGGUGGGGAUGGGAAGACACUUGGUAGCCUCAGAGUAAACAAGCCACCCUCCUGCGUCCUAUUCCCCCCUCCACCCCCAGGAAUUACCCAGGAGGGGGUAAGUCUUGGACCCUGUGCCUGUCCCUGAGCCAGGCCAAUGCCAGCCUCACAGCAGAGGGGAGCAGCAAAGGCCACCAGGCAUCUGGGCCCUAUGGUCACUCCUACCACCUGGCCACUGCAAGGUGAGAAUCCCCUUCCCAGAGGGGUACAGCUCUGGAAGGGAGGGGAUCUCGUGGGUUAGAGCAGGGGGUGCUGGAAGCCAGGACUCCUGGGUUCUAAUCCAGGGUCUGAACAAUCCAAAUAAGUAAAAAGUUCCUAAUGCCAGUUACAAUGUUGUGGUGGUUUGUUGUUUUAAUAACUGUUGCACUGCUGUGGGGGAAGCUCACAGCGCCCGAGUCCCCGGCUGAGGGCACUGCUGUGG